CGGGGCCCUGCCCAGCCCGUUGCCCGCGGCGGGCAGAGGCCGGGGGCAGCAGCGCCAUGGGGCCGCCUGAGGAGGAGGAGGAGGAGGUGCGGGCGCGGCUGGCGCGGUGCGGGCAGAGCCACCUGCUGCGCUUCUGGGCCGAGCUGAGCCCGGCGCAGCGCGGGGCGCUGCUGGCCGCGGUGCCGCCGGGCCUGGGCGAGCACUGCCGGCUGGCGGCGGCGGCCGGCGCCCGGGCCUGCCAGGGGGGCCCGCCGGAGCGCCUGGAUGGCCGGAUGGAGCCGCUUCCCGCACGGGUGCUGGGCAGCGCCCGCCGCAGCGGCCCCGCCGCGUUGGAGCACUGGGAGGCGGAAGGUUUGCAUCAGAUCUCACAGAACAAGGUGGCAGUGCUGCUCCUGGCUGGAGGACAAGGAACUCGCUUGGGAGUGAGCUACCCCAAGGGCAUGUACGACGUGGGGCUGCCCAGCGGCAAGAGCUUGUACCAGCUCCAGGCAGAGAGGAUCCGCAGGGUGGAGCAGCUGGCUGGCCAGAGACACCACUGCCGCUGUGCCGUCCCCUGGUACAUCAUGACCAGCGAGUUCACCCUGGGGCCCACGGAAGAGUUCUUUGUGGAGCAUGACUACUUCCACCUGGAGAGGGCCAACGUGGUCAUGUUUGAACAGAGGAUGCUGCCUGCUGUCUCCUUUGAUGGGAAGGCCAUCCUGGAGGAGAAGGGGAAACUUGCCAUGGCCCCAGAUGGCAAUGGGGGCCUGUACCGUGCCUUGGUGGAUAAUAAGAUCUUGGAGGACAUGAAGCAGCGUGGGAUCCAGUACGUCCAUGUGUACUGUGUGGACAAUAUCCUUGUGAAGAUGGCAGACCCAGUCUUCAUAGGCUUCUGUGUCUCCAAAGGGGCAGAUUGUGGUGCCAAGGUGGUGCAGAAGGCCUACCCCACAGAGCCGGUGGGGGUAGUCUGCAGUGUGGAUGGGGUCUACCAGGUGGUGGAGUACAGUGAGAUCAGCCCCGAGACAGCGCAGCAGCAGGGCCCUGAUGGGGCACUGAUGUACAGCACUGGCAACAUCUGCAACCACUUCUUCACAGUUGAGUUCCUGGAGAUGGUGGCCCAUGAAUAUGAGCCCCAGCUGAGGCCCCACGUGGCCAUCAAGAAGGUGCCAUACAUUGACCAGGAGGGCAACCUGGUGAAGCCGCUGAAGCCCAAUGGGAUAAAGCUGGAGAAGUUUGUCUUUGAUGUGUUCCAGUUCUCUAAGAAUUUUGUGGCAUUUGAAGUUGUGAGAGAAGAGGAAUUCUCCCCACUGAAGAAUGCAGAGACAGCUGACAAGGACACUGCUGCCACUGCCCGGCAGGCACUGCUGGCCCAGCACUACCGCUGGGCUCUCAAGGCUGGGGCCAGGUUUCUGGAUGAGAAGGGCUGCAGGAUACCAGAGAAACUCAGUCUCUCGGGAGCUGAAGAUCCUCCAGCUGUUUGUGAGAUUUCUCCAUUAGUGUCUUACUUUGGAGAGGGCCUGGAGCCGUACAUGAAGAACAAAGAUUUCCCUUCUCCCUUUGUUCUGGAUGAAAGCAAAAUGGAAUUGGUAGGAAACUGGUGAAGAGGAAGGAGGGCUUCCCCUCAGCUCAGCUCUCUGUGAGGCCUGGCACUGCUGAUGUGCCUGCUCUGAAGUGCCUGAGGAAGCUCUGCAGUGCCAGGGCCCUGCAGCAGCUGUGUUUACUCACAGCCCUGCUCUCCAGCUUUGAGCACUCCCUGUGCAGAUUGUGCCUUUCACCUCAGUCUGGUUUGGACACUUGGCUGUGAACAGAGACAAAUACUGCAGAGGACCAAACACAUUUUGUAUUUCGUACUUGCUGUGUAAAAGUCAGGGCCUAAAGAACCAGCUUUGCACUGCAGAGGGUGAAACCUGCUCAGUGCCUUGCAGCUGCCUUGCUUGUGCUGGAGGGGUCAGGGGGUGGUGGUUUGGUUUAAGCUGUGUGCAUAGCUCCAGCAGCCUGUUUCUAGUUUAAACAAAAAAGGAGAU